AUCAGCGGUGGGGAAAGCUUUGCCUCACUCGGCGGCAGCAUCUGGGACCACAGCAACGCGUGAAGUGGUCCUGUGGCAGGAUGAGUGCAGACUCGGUUGCCGUGGUCAUUGUCUCCGCGGCGCGGACCGCCAUAGGCAGCUUCAAUGGUGCCUUGUCCACCGUUCCUGUCCACGACCUGGGCUCAGCUGUCAUCAAAGAAGUCCUGAAAAGGGCCGCUGUGUCUCCCGAAGAGGUGUCAGAGGUCAUAUUUGGGCAUGUUUUGGCAGCAGGUUGUGGACAGAAUCCUGUUCGACAAGCCAGUGUGGCUGCAGGGAUCCCCUACUCUGUUCCAGCGUGGACCUGCCAAAUGAUUUGUGGGUCUGGCCUAAAAGCUGUGUGCCUUGGAGCACAGUCAAUAGGGAUAGGAGACUCCAGCAUUGUGGUUGCAGGAGGCAUGGAAAAUAUGAGCAAGGCUCCUCACUUGGCUCACUUGAGGACAGGAAUCAAGAUGGGGGAAACACCUCUAAUUGAUAGUAUCCUCCAUGAUGGACUUACGGAUGCAUUUCACAACUAUCAUAUGGGCGUUACAGCUGAAAAUGUAGCCAAAAAAUGGCAAGUGAGUAGAGAAGAGCAGGACCAGGUUGCAGUUCUGUCCCAGAACAGGACAGAGAGGGCACAGAAAGCUGGCCAUUUUGACAAAGAGAUUGUACCAGUUUUUGUAUCUUCUAGAAAAGGUCUUACUGAAGUUAAAACAGAUGAGUUUCCUCGCCACGGAAGCAACAUAGAAGCCAUGUCUAAGCUAAAGCCUUACUUCCUUACAGAUGGAACAGGAACAGUCACCCCAGCUAAUGCUUCCGGAGUAAAUGAUGGUGCUGCAGCUGUGGUUCUUAUGAAGAGGUCAGAAGCUGAUAAACGAGGGCUUACACCUUUAGCACAGAUAGUUUCCUGGUCACAAGCAGGUGUGGAGCCUUCUGUUAUGGGAACAGGACCAAUUCCAGCAAUAAAGCAAGCUGUUGCAAAAGCUGGUUGGUCACUGGAAGAUGUGGAUGUAUUUGAAAUAAAUGAAGCCUUUGCAGCCCUCUCUGUUGCAAUAAUUAAAGAACUCGGAUUAAACCCGGAGAAGCUCAACGUUCAAGGAGGGGCUAUAGCCUUGGGCCAUCCUCUUGGAGCAUCUGGCUGUCGGAUUCUUGUUACCCUGUUACAUACAAUGGAGCGAAAGGAUGCGCGACGUGGUGUUGCUGCCCUAUGUGUUGGGGGUGGGAUGGGAAUAGCAAUGUGUGUUCAGAGAGGAUGAAACUGCUUAACAAUUAAUCAUGCUUAUUACUAAGCUUGAACCUCACUUCUUUCUAAACUAGUAAGGCACGAGGUUAUAUGAAAUCAGAGGACCAAUGUGAAGAUGGAAGCCAUCUCCCACUUCACAAGAACCCAAGGUUUGACAGCUCAUUGUACUUUAAUGUGUAAUACGGAAGGUACAAGACAACUGCAGCUAACAUUGUUAUAAAUAAAAGAAAUCUGAUCAGUCAU